UUCUUCAGGCACUCGUUGGCCACCACCGCUCGACGCGGUUCUACAGGACCCUUCAGUACAAGAUGGCGGCCGCUGGUCAGAAGUCGGUGUUGUUCGUUUGCCUGGGGAACAUUUGCAGAUCCCCCAUCGCUGAAGCCGUCUUCAGGAAGAUGGCAACAGAAGCUGGUGUUGUUGAUAAUUGGAGGAUAGACAGUGCUGCUACCUCCACCUAUGAGAUAGGAAACAGUCCAGAUGACCGUGGUCAAGCCUGCAUGAAGAGGCAUAGCGUGCCCAUGAGACAUGUGGCCAGGCAGUGGGUCAUAGACAGUGGUGCCACAUCCGACUGGAAUGUAGGCAGCUUACCGGACACCCGCGGUCUGGCCUGCCUAAGGAAGCAUGGCAUUGAGACGAGCCACAGGGCCCGACAGGUGACCAAAGAUGAUUUCAAGAGCUUUGAGUACAUUCUCUGCAUGGACGAGAGCAAUUUGAGUGAGCUGAACAGGAAAGCGAAGAGUGUGAAAGACUACAAAGCAAAGAUUGAGCUCCUCGGUUCAUAUGACCCUCAGAACCAGCGCAUCAUCAAAGACCCGUAUUAUGGGAGUGACGAAGACUUUGAGAAGGUGUACGAGCAGUGUGUGCGCUGCUGCAAAGUUUUUCUGGAGAGGAACUCCUAACAACGUCCAACCUCAAACGAUCUUUGCUAAAUCUGCUGGAGGAAAAGAAAAAUCGACCCAGCAGGCUUCGGCUGUAUAACACAAGCACACGUCAGUAUAAGUCAGGAUGUCACAGGGAGCAUGAGAACACUUGGUUUCAGUGUUGUACAUGUUAUACAAACCUCACAUUGUGUACAUUUAGAAUAAAGCUGCGUAGACAAGUUGGUCAAUUUAAUAAAAUGGUUAAAUGAAUAUGA